AUGCUGAGAAAAUCGAAUGAAACAUUACCACAAACGAGAGACUCAUUCUAUGAUGAUGGUGAUGAUGAUGAUAAAAAUAAUAACAAUAAUAAUAACGAUGAUAACAAUACAACGCCACGUCCUCCACAAUUGAUAUCAUCAAUACGAAUAGUCACUUCUAAACCACCUGUUUACCGUCGACAAAGUCCAAAUAGUAGUUCACCAUCACCUUCAUCAGGUUGUUCUGAUCAUGAUGUGACGGAUGUUUCAUCAUUAGCUGGUGAUCAUCAACAAUUUGAACAUAAGCAACAUGACAAUCACCGACGACAUUCAGCUCAUGAACAACAUCAUCCAUUUCAUCUUCAGUCAAUGCGACACGUUUUAUUAGGUUCAACAACUCCAACUAGCCGUCCGCCGUCUCCUGCACAUCAUCAACAACAAUUAAAUAAAAAACAUGUUCGAAUUGUUACAGAUGAUAUAGAUAAAUCUCAUCAACACCAUCAAUCUCAACAUCGUCCACCAUAUAUUCAUAAUCAUACAAGAGAUCAUCGAAGAGUUCGUUUAACUUCAUCGGCAAUUAAUCGUCAAAAACAACAACAAAAAAUUGAACGUGAAAAUUUGAGAUUAUUGGACCGUCUUCAACAAACUCGUGCAUCACGUGGAAUUAAACGCGAUGAACUUUUAGAUAAUUAUGACUAUCAAAUGGGUUAUACAACAUUUACAAUGCCACCACCACCAGUUCCUCCACCACGUGCUCAACCUCUUACUCGGCCAUCAAGUGCUACAUCAAUGGCCUCUAGACUUCCAACCUCACAAAAAAAAUUGAAUACUCAAAGUCGACCUUCUUCCGCUUCACACACAAUAAAUAGUAACAAUGCACGUUCUCGCCCUAAUUCAGCGUCUACAUCAUUACAUGGUAGUAGUCGUUCAUCAUCAUCGGCGCGACGACCUAUAUGGAAUGAUCGUUGGCAACAACAUGAAUGA